AUGUCCAAUCAACGUGUGUCUUUUGAUGUGUCCGAUGAGGAAUUGGAUACAUCAGUUGCAUCAACAUCGACUAGUAAUACUAUGUAUCCAGUAUUUGGUCAGUUAACAGAAAAUCCAACCAUAGUUAAUAUUGUAAAUAAACGUCAAAAAGGUGUUAUUUGGAAGUUUUUUACAUUAGGCGAUAAAGAUGAAUCUGGUGUUGAAAGAGGUAAAUGUUUAGAGUAUGGAGUGCAAAUAAAAAGAAAAUGUAAUCAAACAAAAUCUAUGAUAAAUCAUUUAAAAAUGCAUAAAAAUGUAUUUGAUACAUUUAAUGAUAUGAAUAACUUAACAAAAACUGAAAAUGAUUCCAAAAAAAUGAAAAUGUCUCAACCAACAAUGCCACAAGUUGUAAACCUAACAAAAGCAUGGGUGAAAACAAAUCCAAAUGUAAAGGCACUUAAUGAUAGUGUAUCAAGGUUCAUCAUUCGAGGCUGCCAUGCCUAUUCUAUUGUCCAGGAGCCUGCAUUUUUGGAACUUAUGAAAAAAGCUGAACCAAGGUAUAUUGUUCCAUCGAGGAAAUAUUUUUCUCAGUAUCAUAUACCGAAUGCUUUUGAAAAAUCUGUUGAUCAUGUUAAAAGUAUCAUUGAUAAUGAAUGUAAAAGUGCUAAAUCCUUGUCAUUCACAACAGAUGGAUGGACUUCUCGUUCAAAUGAAAGUUACAUAUCUUUAACAGUCCAUUAUGGCACUGAAGAAUGGAAACUUCGUCAUAUUACACUAAAUCUCGAACAUUACAAACAUCAACAUACUGCAGUGAACCUAAAUAAUCUUAUAGUAAGAUUAAUUGAAAAAUUGUCAUUUUGUAAGGAUAUACCUAUGUAUUUUAUAACUGACAACGCACCUAACCUUGUAGCAGCAUUAAGAAAAGUUCCUGAUGGAUAUACUUGGCAACAUUUAAGAUGUGUAGCGCACUCAUUGCAACUUGAAAUAGUCGAUGCCAAAAAAAAUACAUCUGACUUAGAUAUACUUUUAGUAGCUUGUAGGUCCAUUGUUGGUCAUUACAAGCGAAGUUCAACGACUAAGGCCAGGCUUUUCGAACUUCAAAAAAAAGAAAAUAUGUCUCCGCCAUUGAUGCUCAUCCAAAAUGUUAAGACUCGUUGGAACUCUGAGUAUUUAAUGCUUCAACGGAUUUAUGAAUUGAAAAGAUUUAUUUCGGCUGAUUUGAUUAAGUCUAAUAGUACAAUUGAUAAUUUAACAAGGGAUCAAUAUUCAACAAUUGAAGGUUUGUUGUGUGUACUAAAACCGUUAUACAAGGCUACAAAUGAUUUAUGUAGCUCUUCCUUCCCCACAGCAGUGAGCAUUAUUUUUUAUUUGCAUUAUAUUAUUGAAACCUUAAGAGAACUACAUCAAAAUCACUCAAACUUAAAGGUUCACACAUUUGCAUCUAAAGUAAGCAUUGGUAAAACUUCACAUUUUCCUUCAUUUAAAGAAAAUACAACUUUAUUAUUAUGUAUGGUAGUUGAUCCACGUCUAAAAGCUUAUUUUUUGAAUGAACAUCAAGUACAAAAUUUGAAAACCACUAUGAAAAACGAAAUUAUUAAAUAUCAGUUACCUUUAGAAGCAAUUAGUAUAAACACUAUUCCUGAAGUAAACACUGAUGAAAAUGAUAUGUGGUCAAUGGUUGGAGAAUGGAGUACAGAAACACUACCUCAAACAAAUAAUGAAAAUAAUGAUUUAAUUAUUGAAAAAGAAAUAGAAAAUUGCAUGCAGGAUCCUAAGGAACCGAAAAAAACCAAUAGUUUUCAAUUUUGGAAGGAUGUUGGUCAAAUAAAAUACCCAUAUAUUAAAUGUCUAGCUCUUCAACACCUAGCAAUUCCAGCCACUCAAGUUACUAGUGAGAGAUUAUUUUCAUCGGCUGGCCAAAUUGUAUCAGACAGAAGGACAUUGCUAUUACCUGAGCAUGUUGAACAAUUAUUAUUUCUAAAAGAUUACUAUAAAUAUAUAUUGGAAAUGGAAGACAUAGAGGAAGGUUCAAAACAAGAAGUGGAAUAA